AUGAAAAAACUUAUUUAUAUUACAACUACUUAUAUUGUUCUGUUUACUUCAUUAGGGGUAAUUUAUGGGAAAAAAAUUGAAACUGGAAAAAAGAACCACGAUGGUCAGUUAAACAAUUUUUAUUUAUAUAAUAAUUUAAAAGGAAUAAAUUUUAAUAAUUCAAACUCUUCAAAUGAAGAACAAUAUAAUAAUAAAAAUGAUGUCAUUAAUGAUAAAUUUAUACAACCAAAUUCAAUUACUUACUUAGAAAAUCAAAAAGACACUGCGAAUGACAAAGUCAUAUUAUACAAUGACUACACAAAUAAAAACGACUUAGAUACUUUUAAAAUUUUUAAUAAUGAUAAUGAAAAAACAAAUAGAAAAGCAACUAUAGUUAAAAGUUCUUUUAUCCAAAACUCCAAUCCAACAAGAUUCGAUAGCUCUAUGUAUAAUACAAUAGAUAUUCUGUAUAAUGUAUCAGGUCCCAACGAAAAUUUAAAAUAUUUUUAUGUGAAAUUAUAUUUUUAUCAAGAACUUCGAACCUUCCUCAAUAAUAUUUAUUCUAAUGCAAAAAAACCAGUAAAUAUCCCACGGAGUACCCCCCUUCAAAUAGAUAAUGAUAUAAAUCUAAUAAUAAAAGAAUGUGAACCUCUAAAAACCAACAUAAUAAAUGAAAUGUCAAAAUUACAUAAUCCUUUAUAUGAAUUUUAUAAGGAACCCACGAAAGAUGAUUAUAAUCCAUAUUCAAAUUACCGAAAAAUUUAUGUAGAUUGCAUGAUUCCACGAUUCAAAAAACUAGCAUCCAAAAUAGAUGCUGCUAUUUCAUCGAUGCAAUCCGAAUAUGAUCAUUUGUGUUAUUAUGAAUAUUGGAAUGUAGAUGCUCUUUAUAAAAAGUAUUCUGCUAAUACAAAAGAAUAUAUGGACACUGAAUUGUACAAUAUAAAGUCUCAUUCAGUGAUCUAUGAUAUGGGACUUCGUUCACAUGGAAACAGACUAAUUAAAAUUUUAGAGUCUGAGGGGGAACAAGGGAAUAUUAUAAGUAAACUAAAAUUUUUAUCAAACGAAAUUGAAUAUACUUUAAACAAAUCUGAUAAUUACAAAGACGAAUGUACGUCGAAUUAUACAUUUAUGGUCAAUUAUGUACAACGUGAUACAUAUACGCAAUAUUACUAUUAUUACUUGAGGGAAAUUAAAAAAAUAGCACAACAAAGAGCUAAUUUCAAUUAUAAUUUUAAUAAACUAAAACAUUUGAAAUUAUUAUAUAAACAGCAAGAAGACAUAAUGAGAAAUUUUCAUAAAACGAUAGAAAGACUAAUAUUUGGGAAACCAGAUCCAAAUAAUACUAACGUAUUUAAAGAAUAUAUUUAUGAAUUUAAUCUCUGGAUACCCAAAUCGAAAUUAACAUUAUUAGAAAAAAGAUUUUUUGAAAUAUUUGAAGAGAAAUGGAAUUCUUAUGAAAUUAAAAAAGAUAUUGACGAAAAUAGUAAACAAUAUAAUGUUGUGAAAUUAAUUUUGCAAUACAUGAAGGAAUUAACAGACGUAAUUGAUUUUAUGGAAAAUUACCAACCAGAUGAAGUUCCUACAAGAAGGAUAAUUGGUUUUGAAGUCGAAUGGCGUAUAAAAGCAUUACUUUAUUCAGAAGUAGAAGCUGGAGUGAAGAAAUCUUAUGAAUCAGUAAAAAAUUGGAGAAAAUCAAUCCUCGAAAUAAACAAAAAAUUAGAGGAGGAAAAUGAAAAAGUUAUUAAAUUGGAAACACAAAUUAAAGAUUUAUUUAACCAAUAUUUGAAAAUAAUUGAUGAAAAUAUAUAUAUAAACAAGUUAAAAUUAGAAUUAAAAGAAAAAAUAAAAAAUAUAUCUGACAAAAAUGAAUAUAUUAAAAAAGCAGUUGACUUAAAGAAGAUAAUAGAAAAUAACAAUGCAUACAUUGAUGAAUUAGCUAAAACCUCGCCAUAUCAAGUUCCGGAACAUUUAAAGAGCACAGAUACAAUAUAUAGUACAAUAAAAUCAGAGUUAUCCCAAAUUUAUGAAGAUGACAUUGAUAAACUCUAUAAUGAAUUAUCUUCUAUAGUUCAAGAAAAUGACAUUGACAAUGUAGAAGAUAAAACGAAACUUGACGAUUUACAAUCUAAAAUAGAUAAUGUAUAUAGUAAAAUCCAAAACAUGGAAACUGCAACAGUUGAAUCACAUCUAACGAAUAUCGAAACUAACAAAAAUAAACUAUCAGACACAAUUGUGGAGAUAAAAAAAUAUAUAUAUGGAGAAAUUAGCAAAGAUCUAAAUAAAACAUUAGAAGACUUUAAAAAUAAAGAAAAAGAACUAUCAAAUAAAAUAAAUGACUACGCUAAGGAAAAUGACCAAUUAAAUGUAUAUAAAUCUAAAAUAUCAGAAAUCAGAAAUCAUUAUAAUGAUCAAAUUAGUAUAGACAAUACAAAGGAAGAAGAAGCAAAACAAAACUAUGACCAAUCCAAAGAAUAUACCAAGACAAUAUCUAUCAAAGAAGACGAAACAUCAAAAACCAUCAAUGAAGUAAAAAAUAUGAAAGACGAAUUCUUGAGUAAAGUAGAUAAAUAUAUUAAUUUUGAAAAUAAUUGUAAAGAAAAUGUUGAUUCAGAACACACUCAAUUUACUGAAUUAACAAAUAAAAUAAAAGCAGAAGUUUCGGAUGAAAAAUUAAGCAUAUAUGAAAACAAAUUUAAUGAUAGUAAAUCUUUAAUUAAUGAAACAAAUAACUCCAUUGAAAAGGAAUACCAAAACAUUAAUACCCUUAAAAAGGUAGAUGAGUAUAUAAAAGUAUGCGAAAGCACUAAAGAGUCAAUAAAAAAUUUUCAUAAUAAACAAACUAUAUUAAAAGAAAAAUUAAAUCAAAAUAUUAAAACCAUAAAAGAAACUAAUUCAAUAGAAAAAUCUUAUAAAGACAAGUUUGAAAAUACAUUAAUCAAUAAAAUUAAUGAGUUAGAUAAAGCAUUUAAAGAUGCCUCUUUAAAUGAUUACGAAUCAAAUAACAAUGAAUUAAUGCAAUAUUUCAAUAAUUUAAAAGCAAAUUUAGGGAAAAAUAAAGAAAACAUGUUAUAUCACCAGUUCGAUGAAAAAGAAAAAGCCGUUAAUAAUAUUAUACAAAAAAUCGAAGACAUAAACAAAAAUAUUCCAAAUAUCGAAAUAGCAAUUUAUACAUCCAUUUAUAAUAUUAGUGAAGAAAUAGAAAAUGAAAUUGGAAAAAAUAUAGAAUCACUAAAUACCAAUGUACUUGAAAAGGUAAAUACAAACGUAACAAAUUUUAAUAAAAUAAAGGAAAAAUUAAAACUUUAUAAUUUUAGUGAUUUUGGGAAAGAAGGGAAUAUAAAAUAUACUAAUGAAGUUAACAAAAUUAAAGAUGACAUUAAGAAUGUAAACCAACAAAUCGAUCACCAUAUAAAUGAAUUAGAGGAAAUAAAAAAAAAAUCAGAAAACUAUGUUGAUGAAAUGAAAGCACAAAUAAAUAAAUUAGAAAAAGUAGCAGAUACCGCAAUAUCUAACGAUAAUGUAGAAGGAAUAGAAAAAAAACAACAAAACAUAGUAACAAAAAUAGACAAAAAAAAAAAUAUAUAUGAGGAAAUAAAUAAAUUAUUAAGUGAAAUAUCAAAAAUAGAAAAAGAUCAAACAUCGUUAGAAAAAGUAAAAGGUAUUAAUUUAUCAUAUGGACAAAAUUUAGGCACCCUAUUUUUGGAACAAAUUGAUGAAGAAAAGAAAAAGUCUGAGCAUACGAUAAAAGCAAUGGAAGCAUAUAUGGAGGACCUUGAUAAUAUAAAAAAAAAAUCACAAGAAAUAGAAAACGAAAUGGGCAUAGAAAUGGACAUAAAUAAGGAAAUGGAAGUGCUUAAUAUAUCACAUGAUGACGACAAAAAAUAUCACACUAUAAGUAAGAAUCAUAAUGAAAACAUUUCUGAUAUCCGUAAUAAAUCUUUAAAAAUAAUACAAGACUUUUCUAGGGAAUCAGAUAUAAAUGAUAUUAAAAAGGAGUUACAGAAAAAUGUUUCUGAAUCUCAAAAGCAUAAUAGUGAAAUUAAUCAAUAUUUAAGCAAAAUUGCGAACAUAUAUAACAUUUUAAAAUUAAAUAAAAUUAAAAAGAUUAUUAAUAAAGUAAAAGAAUAUACCAAUGAAAUUGAAAAAAAUAAUAAAAACAUAAAUGAUGAAUUAAGUAAUUCAGAAAAACUAAUUAAAAAAAUCAAAGACGAUAUAAGUUUAAAAGAAUGUAAAUCGAAAAUAGAAUCAACUUUAGAUGAUAAAGAUAUUGAUGGGUGUAUACAGAAUAUUAAAGUCUUAAAAACACAUAUUUUAAGCGAAGAAACUAAUAUCAACACUUAUUUUAAAAAUGCCGACGAGUAUAAUAAAAAUGUUUUAUUAAACUUUAAUAAUAUAGAAAUGGCGGAUAAUAAAUCACAAUACAUAUUAAAAAUUAAAAAAAAUAAUGGAACUAAUGACCAUGAUUAUAAUAUCAACGAAUUGAAAGAACACAAGGAUAAGUCUAAUGGUUAUAAAACUGAGGCUGAUAAAAAUAAAAAAGCAAUCGAAAAAAAUAAGGAAUUAUUUGAGCAAUAUAAACAAGAAGUAACUGUACUUUUAAAUAAAUAUUAUGCGGUAGAACUAAAAAAUAAAUUUGAUAAAACAAAAAAUGAUUCAGAACAAAUCAUAAAGGAAAUAAAAGAUGCACACAACAAGUUUAUAUUGGAAGCAGGUAAAUCUGAACAAAAAAUGAAGGAAAUAAAAAAUGAACAAAUUCGUAUUGAAGACGAAGUCGCUAAAAAUGAUAAAUCUAAUAAGGCAAUAAUAGAUAUUCAACUAUCCGUAGAGCCAUUCGAAACAAAAUUCUUAAAAAUAAGUGAUAUAAGAACAAAAUCAAAUGAUUGUUUAAAAGAGACCGAAAGCAUAGAGAAAAAAAUAUCAACUUUGUCUAUAGACACUCAAGAAACAAAACUAAAAGAGAACGGAGACAAUUUAAAUACCCUUCAGGAAUUUUUAGAAUCUCUCAAAAAUCAAAAAAAAAAUAUUGAAGACAAAAAAAAAGAAUUAGAUGAAGUCAAUUCCAAAAUUGAAAAAAUAAAAAUCGAUGUAAACCAGCAUAAAAAAAAUUACGAAAUUGGAAUUGUAGAAAAAAUAAAUGAAAUCGCCAAAGCAAAUAAAAACAAAAUUGAAUCAACAAAAGAAUUAAUAAAACCAACAAUAGAAAGGCUAAUAUCUUCUUUUAACACUAAUGAUUUAGAAGGUAUUGACCCUAAUGAAAAACUAGGAGAAUAUAAUACAGAAAUGGGUAUCAUAUAUAAUGAGUUUAUGGAAUUAUACAAUCUAAUAGCAGGUUAUUUAAAAACGGUUUCAAAAGAGUCCAUAACAUAUAAUGAAAUUAAAAAUACGCGAAUUAACGCACAAAAUGAACUCUUAAAAAAUAUAGAAAGCGAAAAGAAAUCUAAGUCCUAUUUAGAUGAUAUAGAAGCAAAUGAAUUUGAUAGAAUAGUCACACAUUUAAAAAAAAAAUUAGAUAAUGUGAAUGUUAAAUUUACAAACGAAUAUUCAAAAGUUAACGAAGGGUUUGACAAUAUUUCAAAAUCUAUUAAUAAUGUUAAAAAUUCAACUGAUGAAAAUUCAUUAUUAAAUAUACUAAACCAAACAAAAGAAAUGUAUGCAAAUAUUGUCAGUAAAAAAUAUUAUAGUUAUAAAUAUGAGGCAGAAAAAAUAUUUAUAAAUAUUUCUAAAUUAGCAAAUUCUUUAAAUAUUCAAAUACAAAAUAGCUCAGGAGUAGAUUUACUUAAAAACAUUAAUAUAGCUAUAUUAUCUUACUUGGACUCCCCAAAAGAAGAUACGCUAACCUUUAUUCCAUCUCCACAAAAAAAAUCAGAAACAUAUACAAAAAUACGCGAUUCUUACAAUACUCUUCUUGAUAUAUUUAAAAAAAGUCAAUAUUUACACAAAAAAGAACAGCAAACAUUAAAUCUUAUAUUCGAAAACCGACGUUUAUAUGAAAAAGUCCAAGCAACCAAUGAAUUAAAAGACACAUUAAGUGAUUUAAAAUAUAAAAAAGAAAAAAUAUUAAAUGAAGUUAAACUACUUUUGCAUAAAUCUAACGAAUUAAACAAAUUAUCAUGUAACUCUCAAAAUUAUGAUACCAUUUUAGAAUCAUCAAAGUAUGAUAAAAUAAAAGAAAAAAGCAAUAAUUAUGAAAAGGAAAAAGAAAACCUUGGGAUAAAUUUUGAUGUAAAAGCUAUGGAAGAACAAUUUAAUAAUGAUAUUAAAGAUAUAGAAAAAUUAGAAAAUAAUUACAAACAUUCAGAGAAAGAUAACUACAAUUUUUCAGAGGAAAAUAAUAAUAUUUUACAAUCUAAAAAAAAACUAAAAGAACUAACUAACGCAUUUAAUACUGAAAUAAAAAAAAUUGAGGAUCAAAUAAUAGAAAAAAAUGAUUUAAUUAAUAAAUUAAUAGAAACGAGAAAGCAAUGUCUACUUUUUACAUAUACAACGUUAGUCGAGACUCUUAAAAGUAAAGUGACUAAUCACUCGGAAUUCAUAACGUCUGCAGCUAAAUUUUCAAAAGAUUUUUUCAAAUAUAUUGAGGAUAUUUCCAAUUCUUUAAAUGAUGACAUCGACACAUUACAAAUAAAUUAUAAUUUAAAUCAAACAAACAAACAUGUACCAAGUAUACUUGCAGAUGCAACUAAAGAUCAUAAUAAUUUAAUAGAAAAGGAAAAGGAAGCAACUAAGAUAAUCAACAAUUUGACCGAGCUAUUUACAAUAGAUUCAAAUAAUAUCGAUGCCGAUACAUUACAUAAUAAUAAAAUACAAAUAAUUUAUUUCAAUUCUGAACUUCAUAAAUCAAUCGAAUCCAUAAAACAACUUUAUAAAAAAAUGAAUAUCUUUAAAUUAUUAAAUAUAUCGCACAUUAAUGGAAAAUAUUUUGAUAUAUCCAAAGAAUUUGAUAAUAUUUUACAGAUGCAGAAACAUAAAUUAACAGAAAAUUUAAAUGAUUUAAAGCAAAUUGAUCAAUAUAUUUCUGAUAAAAAAAAUAAAUUCCUUCAUGCACUAAAUGAAACUACAAAUCCAAACUUAAAUACGCUUAAAGAGAUAUAUCAUGAUAUUGUUAAUUAUGAAAGACAGCUAGAUGAAAUAAAAAAUAUUAGUAAUAAAGAAAACGAAAAUAUAACUUCAUAUAUAGACACAAUUACCAAAUUAACGGGAAAAGUACAAAAUAUUUUAAAUUUUGUUACAACUUAUGAAAAUAAUAAUAAUAUAAUCAAACAACAUAUUCAAGACAAUGAUGAAAAUCAUGUAUCACAAAUUAAGGAUAAUUUAAAAAAAACAAUUCAAUCAUUUCAGGAAAUUCUAAAUAAAAUAGAUGAAAUCAAAGCUCAAUUUUAUGGUAAUAACAAUAUAAGUAAUGUUAUAACUACAAUAUCACAAAAUGUAAAUGAUGUUAAAAACCACUUUUCUAAGGACUUAACUAUAGAAAACGAACUCAUCCAAAUACAAAAGAGUUUAGAAGAUAUUCAAAAUUCUACUCAUGAAAUAAGAAGCGAACAAAUAACAAAAUAUGUCAAUGCUAUAUACAAUCAUAUUGAAGAGCAAACUAAACAAAUUCAAAAUAAUUCAUAUAAAGAUGAAGUAUACAAAAUAAACGAAAUAGACAAUAUAAUACAAAAAAUCAUCAAUUAUAAUAAAGAACCAGAAGUAAAAUUACACGCCAUUAUAGAUAAUCAAAAUAAAGUUACAUCAAUAAUCUCUCGUAUUAAAAAUCUCAUUAAUUUAAUCGAAUCAGAAUAUAGUAACAAUAAUAAUGUAUCAUAUAAUGUUGCCAUAAAACAUACAGAAAAUGCCAAUAACAUAAUUCUUGAUUUAAAUAUGAGUCAAAAUAUGCUUAAUCAUUUAAUACACCGAAAUUUAAACAUUAUAAACAAUUUAAAAAAUAUAAAACAGCACAUGAUAAGUCGUAAUAAUUUACAUACUAUUAAUAGUCAAGAAGAAACAUCGAAAAUAAAAUAUCCUAGUAAUACAUACUAUAAUAAUGUUAAUGAUACAAAGUAUAAAAAUCACCAACACUCAAAUUCAGGUAAAAAAGGUUCCUCCAAAACAAAAAAUGCAGGAGAUUCUGUUAAAUAUGCGGGAGCAAUUGUAUUUGGUUUAGUAGUGUGUUAUGCAAUUUCAAUUUUCAAAAAACAAGAUGAAAAAAAUGAAAUUAAUUUAGGUAAUGAUGAAAAAAAUUAUGGUGAAUCGGAAAAUAUAUAUUUUGAAAGAGAAGACGAAAUUAUAGAAAUAGAUAUAAAUGAAGAUUUAUGA